AUCUGAAACCUAAGUCAUUGACAAGCCAUUCACUCACUCUCACUUCCAAACAUCUCUCACAUGCAAGCCAAGUAAGAAACCAAAACCAGAGAAACAAAGCACAACUAUUUCGAGACCAAACUCUAUGGCUCUUAAAUUAUGUCUCACACUCUUUCUUCUAACCAUCACACUCACAGCUCAAGCCUGUCCACCCUCUGACCAGGCAGCAUUACAAGCCAUCAAAGCCGCUCUCCACGACCCAUCUCUAGGCAUCUUCGAUACGUGGACCGGCGACGACUGUAACGCCUAUUAUGGCGUUAGCUGCGACCCGGUCACUGACCGGGUCGCUGAGAUCACGCUUCGGGGCGAAUCCGAAGACAUUAUGUUGCAAAAGACCGGCGGAUCCGGGUUCAUGUCAGGUGCGAUUUCGCCUGCUAUAUGCAAUCUUGAUCAGCUCAAUACGCUGGCUGUUGCGGAUUGGAAGGGCGUUUCCGGGGAGAUUCCGGCCUGCCUGACGUCACUUUCCGGCCUUCAGUUCGUUGAUUUGGCCGGGAAUAAUAUAUCCGGGGAGGUCCCCGCGGAUAUCGGGAAGUUGAACAAGCUCACAUUUUUGAGCUUGUCGAAUAAUGCGAUAUCCGGAAAAAUUCCAGCGUCUAUCGUUAAUUUAUGGAGUUUAAAACAUCUCGAUUUGAGUAAUAAUCGAAUUUUUGGGGAGCUUCCGGGUGAUAUCGGAAAGCUCAAAAGAUUAAAUCGAUUGUUACUGAAUCAGAAUCAACUGACCGGGUCGAUUCCAAGUUCGAUCACAAAUAUUCGGAGUCUAGUCGACUUGGAUUUGUCUAUGAACCAAAUUUCCGGUUGGGUCCCGUUUCAACUAGGUACCAUGCCGGUUCUUUCUUCUCUCAGUUUGAAUAAUAAUUUGUUGUCGGGUGAAAUACCGGCUACUUUACUGAGUAGUUUCGGCUUAAAUGUCGUUAAUUUGAGCCGAAACUACUUUGAUGGUUUUUUACCCGACGUUUUUCAUCCGAAAACGUAUUUUCUCUCCUUCGAUAUAUCGUUCAACAACUUAAAAGGCUCGAUACCGCAAACAAUAAAAUCGGCUAUGUUUUUCGGACAAGUGGAUUUGAGCAAUAAUCAUCUCUGCGGCCUGAUUCCGGAGGGUCUGCCAUUUGAGAAGCUAGAAGCCGCUUCGUUUGAGAACAAUGAUUGUCUGUGUGGAUCUCCUCUUCAUGAUUGCAAGGGCUAGAAGAGCGAGAACAAUGGAGGGCACUUGUAAUGCAUUGCUUUGUUUAAACGAGAGAUAUUGUCAUCGUUAUCUAUGCAAGCGAUUGCUGUAUGAGUGAUUGUUUGUUUGAUAUGUUCUGCAGAAGGUUUACGAGUGACCUGAUGGUUUUAUUUUACAGAAAUAAAUGUAAAUUUGUUAAGUUGUUGCAUCUCGACUUGUAAGUAUUGUUUCAAAAUAUAUCCUAAGGACUUGAGUUAUUUACUGUAAUAUUAUUGGCAUUUCAUUUUC